GGGCCGGGCAUAGGCUGCCGCUCCACCCCUAGCUCUGUCCUUCCGGCCUCCUGCCUCUCCCUAUAAAUAGGCUGCCUCCCGCCGCCCUGCUCCGGCCCCAUGGAGAGGCAGCGGCAGCCCGGCGGUGGCAGCGGCGCGGUCCCGGCGGCGAGCGGAGGCCGCGAGUCCCCCGCCGGGAGCCAUGAGCGCGGGCAGCGUCGCCCCGGGCUGGCCUGAGGCGCUGCCGGGCGCGGCCCGGCCCGCAGCGGGGAUGAGCGGCAGCGAGAGCCCCGAGGGGCCCGGCGACGGCCCCGAGCUGCAGCUGAAGGUGGAUUUUUUCCGCAAGCUCGGCUACUCCUCGGAGGAGAUCCGCGUCGUGCUGCAGAAGCUGGGCCUGGGCGCCGACACCAACACGGUGCUGGGAGAGCUGGUGAAGCACGGCCCGGCCGAGCGGGACGGCCCCGAGGCCCCGCCCGAGCCCGGCGAGGCCCCGCUGGUCCCUCGGGGCGGCGCCGGCAACAAAUCCCCCGCGCCCGGCCCCGAGGAGACGGAGGGCGACAACCUGAAGCCCAUCGUCAUCGAUGGCAGCAACGUGGCCAUGAGCCAUGGGAAUAAAGAAGUGUUCUCCUGCCGAGGUAUCCUUCUGGCUGUCCAGUGGUUUUGGGACAGGGGACACAAGGAUAUUACAGUCUUUGUGCCAUCCUGGAGGAAGGAGCAGCCCCGACCAGAUGUACUCAUAACAGACCAGUACAUCCUGCGUGACCUGGAGAAGAAGAAGAUCCUGGUGUUCACACCGUCACGGCGUGUGGGCGGCAAGCGCGUGGUGUGCUACGACGACCGCUUCAUCGUGAAGCUGGCCCACGAGUCCGACGGCAUCGUGGUGUCCAACGACACCUACCGCGACCUGCAGAACGAGCGGCCCGAGUGGAAGAAGUUCAUCGAGGAGCGCCUGCUGAUGUACUCCUUUGUCAACGACAAGUUUAUGCCUCCAGAUGAUCCCUUAGGGCGUCAUGGCCCCAGCCUGGAUAACUUCCUCAGGAAGAAACCUGUAGUUCCAGAGCACAAGAAACAGCAGUGCCCUUAUGGGAAAAAAUGCACUUAUGGAAUUAAGUGUAAGUUCUACCAUCCUGAAAGGAUCAACCAGCCACAGCGAUCGUUAGCUGAUGAACUCCGUGCCAACGCAAGGCUCUCUCCAACCAGAAGUACCAGUGCCAAGGAGGAGAAAAAGGGGAAGCGGGGCUCCCAGGCAGAGCUCUUGUGCUCUGUGCCCACGGAGAGUGACAAAGGCUCUUUACAGAAGGUCUCUGCAGAGAGGAAGAGCUUGGCCCACAAAGCCAAGCCCAGUGACGUUGUGCUUCAGGCCAAAGGCUGUGUGCCAGGCACUGUCUCCCCUGACAGGUACCAGCAGCCUCCCAUGGAUUCUCUGUCUUACAUCUCUCAGGAGCACCUCGACUCAGGCAUUGGGUCUCUGGAGAACCAGCUGUCUGACAUGUGGCCUCACAGAUGUACCAGUCACUGUGACCAUUCCCAUGCGGAGCAGGUGCCCGUCUGCUCCUGUGGCAGGCAGAGACCUGUGUACCCCCAUUCCCCCAGCUUAGAGCAGAACGGUCUGGUCUCCUACAACCACAGCUCCCACAAAUCAUCAUCCUCUGGUGCUAGCUUCUUGCAAUACAGCCCCGAGAUGUCCCGCUCAGGGGCUCCCCCCUCUUUCUCAGGCUUUGGGGUGCCUGUGCACGCGGGGGCAGCGGGGCAGUACAGCCUGCCUGGGGAGUUCGGCGCCGCCGUGCCGCGCUCGCGCGAGUUCUGGUCGGAGCCGUACGCGCUGCCGCAGGUGAGAUCCCCGGGCGUGCACAGCCCCCGGCCCGUGCAGAGGGCCCCGGGGCCGGCCUACGGGGACUCGGGGCCCUGGGCUGCUGAGGAGCAGUUUGCUGAGGAGAGGGCCAGCGUGCACGUCAAGCUGUGUGGCAUCUUCCACCCCCACCUGGUGGAUGCAGUCAUGAGCCGCUUCCCCCGGCUGCUGGACCCCCAGAGGCUGGCAGCAGAGAUCCUCACCUACAAGGCCCAGAACCCAGGUGUGUGAGGCAGGUGCCAAGGGCAGGCAGGUAUGGGGAGGGCUUGAGGGGCUGGGUUUGCCUCUGCAGCUGCCACAGAUGCCUUCUGAGUUGCUCCUUCUUAUUCCCUUGGAAGUACUGGGCUCCAGCUGGAGGCUGGGUGCCAGAUGUGGUGUGCUCACAGCAAAUUCUGCUCCAGCUAUGACCACAUGCCUGUGGGAGAGGUGAGAACACCCCAGCGUCCCACCUUCCCCAGGGGCUAAGCAGGAAGGGAGGCUGCAGCUCUAGAGCAGGACUGUUCCUUUGGGGGUCAUGGGAGUCUGGCACACCCUGAGCUCCUGCAGUUGUCCAUAACUGGAUGUGAGAGAAGUGGGUGCUGCCUUUGUAGUGGCCUAAGGCUAGUUUCUGAGGACCCAAAUGCCUUUUCAAUGCUGUUGUUAGGUCCUGACUAAGCCUUUUGACUAAAUCCCACCACUCAGAUCUGUGGCAAAUGUUGCAUUAUUAACGUAAUCUGAAGCUGGGUUUAUCUGACUGGUUUUACUGGUGCACUUCUUGAAUGAUGUUUUCCACACCCCUCCCACCUCAGCUGAUUUUCCUGAGGUAAUUGUGCCCCACAGACCACAAGUGCUUAGUGAGCUGUGAGCUCCCAGGAGCACAGUCCUUGCUCAGGAGGAGUGGCUGGACACUGCUCCAAGGCUGUGUGUGAGUUGUGGGUUGGGUGUGUGCUGACAGCUGCAGUGUCAGAGCAGGUGGGUGAGCUGAGCAUGCUGUGAGUGCUGCUCUGGAACUGUCUCUGUCCCAGGAUGGCUCUGUACAGCACUGACAAUGAUUUAUUAUGUGCCUUUUGCCUUCAGACAGCAAUAGAAGAGCUGCAGUCACAUCUGGACUGCUGCCAGGGGCCUUUCCAAGGAGUCUUUAAUAUUUUGUGUUGUAAAGCUGUUGCUUCCUCUUCUUCCUCACCAAUAUUCCCCUGUCCCCUUUGGCUGUGCCCAACUAGAGCAGCAUCCAGAAUUGUAGAAUAAGAAUUAUUUGGCAAGACUGUUUCUGUUCCAUUUCCUCUUACUCUGUAAGAUGUUUUCUAUUGUAGGUACUGUAAGAGAUUUUAAAUAUGCAAAACCAAUUGCUGUAGUAAUUGGUUCUGGUCCUGGAAUUUUGCUGUGCAAGGGAUGCAGAAGUGUUCCUGGCACUUGCAGGCCAGAAGCAGUUGAUUUGUUGAUACACAUUGUAUCUGUGUGUGGUGUUGUUUUCUAAAUACAAUACGCCCUUCUGUGGUUGAACCAAGGUUAUUGAGUGGCAAAUUAGGAAGGGGAGAGUGGAAGGCAGCUGGUCCUGAAACCCUCCUGGGAGCAGUGUUGUCUGUUCCUGCUCUUCCCUCUGCUGUCCAAGGAAUGACCUGCCCAGACUGGCACCAUGUGCCAUGAGACCACAGGGACACAGGAACCUGUAUACCUGGUUAAUAAUGAUACAUUACAAAUUAGUAAUGUUUCAUGUUAGUAAGCAAAAUGCUUCUUAAUUUUAAAUAACCUGAUACUUUGCAUAUUUGUAAAUUACAGAUAAAAUGGUUUUUAAUGUUACUGUUCAGCACCUUGCUGCUUGCAGUUUUAAUCAAUGCUGUUCUCACCUCAGCCAGAUGUUACUUGGCAAGGUGGGUUUGGGUUUCUGGUGGAAUGCUGGUAUCUGCUGCCUCUCUUGCAAUGAGAAGAUUAACAUUUUGUACUCCCCAGCUGACACUUGCUGAACUUUCUGUAUCACUAUGCAGUAAUGUACUGAACAGCCAUGUGACAGCCCUGGCAAAGAAAAACUGUGUUAUAUAAAUAAAAACUGCUGAGUUGA